AUGGCAGACAAUACCCCUAUCGACAUAAUCCACUCUCACGACGAUGACCGUGGUCUAGGUCUGCGGGAGUCUUUCAAAAAAAAGCACCCCGAAAGCCUAGAGCAUAACCGAGGGCUUGCGGUGGAAGGGAAGUCCGGAGAUGACCUGCCGCCAGAUGGCGGAUAUGGCUGGAGUUACGGCGUGUUUCUUUCCUACUAUCUUUCCCACGAUGUAUUCCCCAACACCUCGGCACUUAUGUAUGCCUUCACUGGUGGCUUGAGUAUAUCCUGCGCUCUCCUAGUUGCGCCUUUGGCCACCUACCUCAUUCAUGUCUUAGGAACCCGCGCGGUCCUGAAUCUGGGCGUCUUUUUCGAAACGCUGAGUCUGAUGGCAUCUUCCUUCGUCAAGCAACGAUGGCAAUUGUUCCUUAGUCAAGGUGUUUGCUUUGGUAUCGGCAUGGGAUUCCUAUUCGUUGGCAGCGUUGGGAUCACGCCUCAGUGGUUUCACCGUCGUCGAGGCCUCGCUAUGGGAAUCAACGCAGCUGGGUCUGGCCUGGGAGGCUUGAUCUACUCUCUGGCGGUGGGGGCAAUCAUCCCACGGCUGGGGCUUAGUUGGGCAUUCCGGAUACUAGGAAUUGUCUCCUGCGUUGUGAACCUGGUGUGCGCGAACCUGCUGAAGGAUCGCAAUGCAGCUGUUGGCAGCCGGUUCAAAGCGUUUCAGUUCCCGCUGUUCAAGCGCCCCGAGUUUCUUCUUUUCCUUGGAUGGGGUGUUUUCUCCAUGCUCGGCUAUGUUGCUAUCUUGUUCAGCAUGUCCAGCUUCGCCCUCUCUGUCGACCUCUCUGCUCACCAAGCUAGUAUCGUCGGUGCCCUGCUCAACCUCGGCCAAGGGCUUGGCCGGCCCUUCGUGGGUAUGUUCAGUGAUAAGCUUGGCCGUAUCAACAUUGCAGCCUUUCUUACCUUCCUCUGCGGGGUCUUCUGUCUGCUGAUCUGGACAUUUGCCCGCAGCAUGGGCCUUGUGUCUUUCUUUGCGGUACUAGUUGGCACAGUUGCAGGUACUUACUGGGCCACGGUGGCGCCAGUGUUGGCUGAGAUCAUCGAUCUAAAAGACCUACCUGGAGGACUUAGCAUCACAUGGCUUGUCCUGGUGGGACCGACCACCGUUGCUGAGCCCAUCGCACUUUUACUGCGGGAUAACGACUCAGUCAAACGCGUCUAUCUGCAUGUUCAGAUCUUCACUGGCCUGAUGUAUAUUGCGGCCGCAGUGUGUCUCUGGGUUGUGCGAGGCUGGAAAGUGGGAGACAACCUUCGGGUGAAGCAGGAGAAAUCAGCAAAUGCCGUGGUCACGGAUGGGAAGGGCGAGGAUAUCGUCCAGCAGAGUGGCGAAUCUGGGUCUGUUGCGAGUCGACCACAGCUGCCUACAGGGAUUGCGCUUUGGUAUCCGCAUACCCUCAUGCGCAGGAUGGUGUCGAGCAAGAAGGUCUAG